AUGGCCAAGGUACGUGUUUUUUGGAAAAAUUUUAUUUUUAAAGUCAUCGACGAAAAAAUAAUAUCAGUCUGUCGGGAAAAUAAUGAGCACUCUGUCGCAUCGCAUCGCCGUAGAGAAAAUGUGUCGCAGCAAAAUCAAAUUUCUUUUCACUUCCCCGACACCAUCGACGCAGUGACAGUGUGCUCAUUAUUUUCCCGACAGACUGAUAGUCGUCGGUGCAAAAAAACGCAAAAAAAAAUUUUUUUUUUUUUUUUUUUUUAUUUGCCGCACAGUGCAAAAACCUUUUUUUUGUUUUUUCGCACGGUGCAAAACCUUUUCCGGAUGCACAUGGCAAUUUUCUACCGCACAGUGCAAGAAAAAAAAUGUUUUUGAUUUUUCGCACCGUGCAAAAAUUUUUUUCCGACUGCACAGUGCAAUUUUGUACAAUGCAGAAAAAAAAUUUUUUGUGUGCACAGUGCAUAAAUUUUUUAUUUUUCGCACCGUGCAAGAAUUUUUUCCCGCCUGCACAGUGCAAGUUUCCACCGCACCGUGCAAGAAUUUUUUAUUUGCCGCACAGUGCAAGAAAAAAAAAUGUUUUUGUUUUUUCGCACCGUGCAAAAAAUUUUUUCCGACUGCACAGUGCAAAACAAAAAUUUUUACUGUGCAAAAAAACAAAAAUAAAAAAAAUCAAAAACUUUAAAAAAAUGAAUAUUUUUCGUCCAUUUCCAGGAGCUCCGUAACAUUUCCGAGUUGGAAUUAUGUCAGCAAAUGAAGUUGCUCGAUGUGGACCAUCGAAUCAACAAGGACUCGCUGAAGAAGGCGUUCCAACAAAAGAUCCGCCUGCAUCACACGGACAAAGGAGGUGACGCGGAGACCGCCAAAGCCGUCACGCUCGCCUACCGACUAUUGUGCACGGCGCUGGAGACUGGGCGCAGGCUGCCGCGACGUCACACCUCGGCCGACCUUCGGCCCGCCGAAGCCAAUAAUAACAGCGACAAAACUGGUAGUACGACGAGUAAUACUGCUCCAGUAGAUCCGUCGAGAACACAGCCCGCACGUCGGCGACGCCGGGCGUAUCCGUUCUACGCCUUCGAGGACCAUAUGAGCAACAGUUUCAACAUGUUUAUGGAUGAGUAAGUCUGGGAUUUUUUUUUGCCGAAAUACUUUUUAUGACACUUGAGAAAAAUUAAGAAAAAAUUUUUCUACCGCAAAUUCGAAUUUUUUAAACCCCGCUUUGCAGAAAUUUUCGAAAUUUUAACGUCGAAAAAUCGCUAAAAUUCUGAUUUUUUUUUCAAAACAAAAAACUGACAUUCUAUUUGAACUGUCGAGUAAAAUUUUUAUCCAAAAAAUCGAUUUUUUCCGCGAAAAAUUCGCAGAAAUCUAGACAAAAAACUAUUUUUGUCUAUUUUUUGCGUCUAUUUUUCACAUUUUUUCAUGGUAAAAAAUCUCAAAAAAUUUAUUUUGAGACGAUUCCUACCCAAAGCUCUUCAUUUCCAUCAAUUUUAGGCCAAUGUGCCCCUAUGGCGCAACUGGUUUUGUCUCGGACUUUCACUCAAAACCUUGCGGGUUCGAAUCCCACCUCAAAUAAAAACUCUUUUUUUACACCAAAACUUCAAAAUACCUCCUCUAUUCUUCCUGAAUCCCGUUUAUUUUUCUAAAAUACGCCCAUUUUCAGGAUGAACGACAACCUUUUCUCCUCGCAAUACUAUGACGUCAACUUGAGUCGGAUUUUCGACGACGUUUUGCCGAGGUUUUCGCAGCGCUUCAACAACUACCGCGGGUUCUUCUAA